AUGACUCCAUCAAGUAAAGCUGAUAAAAAGGCAGCAGUUGAUAUUGCUGCAUGGACAUUCAACAUAGUCACUUCUGUUGGCAUCAUCAUCGUGAACAAAGCCUUAAUGGCAACAUAUGGUUUCACAUUUGCAACAACCUUAACAGGAUUGCAUUUUGUCACCACAACCUUGAUGACUAUUGUUCUUAGGUGGUUGGGUUACAUCCAACCCUCUCAUCUACCCAUUGCAGAUCUUCUCAAAUUCGUCCUUUUUGCUAACUUCUCCAUUGUUGGAAUGAAUGUCAGUCUUAUGUGGAACUCUGUGGGAUUCUACCAGAUAGCAAAACUGAGUAUGAUUCCUGUAUCCUGUUUAUUGGAAGUUGCAUUUGAUAAGAUACGAUAUUCAAGGGACACAAAGCUCAGUAUUUUAAUUGUUCUUCUGGGUGUUGCUGUAUGCACUGUUACUGAUGUCAGUGUUAAUACUAAAGGUUUUGUUGCUGCCUUUGUUGCAGUAUGGAGUACAGCUCUUCAACAAUAUUAUGUGCAUUACCUUCAAAGAAAGUACCAGUUGAGUUCUUUCAAUCUGUUAGGACAUACUGCCCCAAUCCAGGCUGGAUCCCUACUGUUAGUGGGCCCCUUUGUUGACUACUGGUUGACCAACAAAAGAGUGGACGCUUUUAAGUAUAAUACAGUAUCUCUGAUAUUUUUAAUUCUAUCGUGUACGAUUGCAAUUGGGACAAAUCUAAGUCAAUUUAUCUGCAUCGGGAGGUUUACAGCCGUCACAUUCCAAGUCCUAGGUCACAUGAAAACAAUCCUGGUACUGAUGUUGGGUUUUAUUUUCUUUGGGCGUGAGGGUUUAAACCUUCACGUGGUGAUUGGAAUGAUAAUAGCAAUCAUGGGAAUGAUUUGGUAUGGGAACGCGUCAUCAAAGCCAGGUGGCAAAGAGAGGCGUAGCUAUUCCCUUCCGAAAACAAGUCAGCCUAAAAAGGACUCCCUUCUAGAAACUUCCGAGACGGAUGAGAAGGUGUAAGGGUUUUUCAGGAGUAUCAUAUAGAAAGGAAAGGAAAGGAAAGGAAAGGAAAGGAAUAUUUUAAAUUUUUUUUUUUAAUUGUUAAAUCAAGUGAUGGAGACUAUACGAAGGAAGAAGGUUAUGUUGCUAGAAAAUUUGUCGGUUAAUCGGUUGUUAUUGUUAAGUUAUUAUUAUAUACGAUAUGAUUUUUGUAUGUCAUUUUUAAAUGUUAUGAUUUGGAGGACUUGAAGAGGGAGGAGGAUUUGUCUUUUUUUUUUUUUUUUUUUUGGAAAACCUGUGAUUAGUCUUGAUA